AUGAUUGUGAGGAAAAGCAUGGGACGGGCACAGUUACUACUUAUGCUGCUUAUGGUGCUUUUGUUUUCCUUGGCCACUUACAAUUUGGUAGUUAUGAUCAUGGAGAAUAAGGCAGAUGGGUUGGAAUCUUCAAAUAGAAAAUUGAUGAGGUCUACUUCAAAGUUUCAUGUUGCCGUUACUGCAACCGAUGCUGCUUACAAUCAAUGGCAAUGCAGGAUUAUGUAUUAUUGGUAUAAGAAAGUGAAGGACAUGCCUGGAUCAGAUAUGGGGAAGUUCACCCGUAUAUUGCAUUCUGGAAGGCCAGACCAGUUAAUGGAUGAGAUUCCUACUUUUGUGGUUGAUCCACUUCCUGAGGGCUUGGAUAGGGGUUAUAUUGUCCUAAAUAGACCAUGGGCUUUUGUUCAGUGGAUGGAGAAAGCAGAUAUUGAGGAAGAAUAUAUUCUGAUGGCAGAACCUGACCACAUAUUUGUAAAUCCUUUGCCUAAUUUGGCUUAUGGAACCCAGCCUGCUGCGUUUCCAUUUUUCUAUAUAAAACCAGUUCAAAAUGAAAAAAUAAUCAGGAAGUUUUACCCUGAGGAAAAGGGUCCUGUUACUAAUGUUGAUCCAAUUGGCAAUUCCCCUGUAAUCAUUAAGAAGUCUCUGAUGCAGGAAAUAGCUCCCACAUGGGUAAAUGUCUCAUUGAGAAUGAAAGAUGAUGCAGAGACUGACAAAGCUUUUGGAUGGGUGCUUGAAAUGUAUGCUUAUGCUGUGGCAUCUGCAUUGCAUGGUGUAAAGCAUAAUCUUCUAAAAGACUUUAUGCUGCAGCCACCUUGGGACUUGAAUGUUGAUGGUAGAUUCAUCAUCCAUUAUACAUAUGGAUGUGACUAUACUUUGAAGGGGAAGCUGACAUAUGGGAAGAUUGGAGAAUGGCGUUUUGACAAGAGAUCUUAUCUGAUGGGUCCUCCCCCCAAAGACCUCCCCUUACCACCUCCAGGAGUUCCUGAAAGUGUGGUGCGGCUUGUGAAAAUGGUGAAUGAGGCAACUGCAAACAUACCGGAAUGGGAUUCAAUAAACAGAAGUUGA